CGUGGCGGGAAAAGUGAGUGGAAAAAUAUUGGAUGUAAACAAGGAGUAACUGUUGUAUAUGAAAAAAUUGACAUUUAUUUACAAUUUCACAAUGAAAUACAGAUGGAAUUAGCUUAAAGUCCUCCAUGUGGAGCUUAAAACGAGAUGGACAAGGUAAAUUAUGUUCAUUAUUGCAUAGAAUUAAUUGGUUUCAGUAUAUUUAGCACUAUGCACCUAUCAAUGUUAAGCCCCAGAGGGGGGGGGGGGUCGGGCAUAGGUGGGGCAUUUGACUUUUUGAGCAAAUUUUCAAUCAAAUGCCCCACCGUCGGGCAAUAAAUAUCGGUCAAAUGCCCCACUAUUUUGCAAUAAAUUGCAAUAAAUACUAUAUUAAUAAAGGUUAAUUGGUUCAAAUUGCCCCAACUUGGGGCCAAAAUGCUGAUCAAAAUCCCCAGGGUGGGGAUGCAAUUGAUGAUCAAAUACCCCACAUAUGCCCGACCCCCCCCCCCUCUGGGGGUUAACAUUGAUAGGUGCACUAUAAAUGCAGCAUUGGUUAAUAGAUGGUGGAUUGCUACAGUGGCAAUAUAAUAAGUGCUUGUGUAAAAUUAACACUUGUGGAAACAGUAUGCUUUGUGGACCUGAGACUUUCAAAUGCCACAUUGUUUUAACUCACCCCCCCCCCCCUCUGUUUGCCCUCUGGGGAGAACAGGGAGAACUCUUAAUAUUGGUGUGCCUUCCCCACAGCCCCCAAUCACAAAAUUUCCCAAUAUAAUUAUUUUUAGGCUCACAAAAUGAGAAAUUGUAUUACCUCACUGUUGGAGAACAUUUAGUUGGGCGGAAAGGUAUAUAUACAGUAUAGGCACUGAGUUGCCAGUUAUGAUUAAUCCAUUAAAUUGCAUUGCCUGUAAUGCACCCUACUUUAUCACAGUAUUUUACUCUUUCUAAUGUCAGAUGAUUGUCUUGAUGAUACUUGUCAAUGGGAAAGCACUGGCAUUAAAAUAAUUUGCAUUUUGUUGAGGGCUCUUUAACAAUUUUAGAUUGCCAAAUUCAAAUAGCAGGAGACCAAUCUGUGAGCAGGAAACAUGCCUGGAUCACAGUCUCUCAGAGUGGAGCUGCUACAGUUAGUACUUUCUUAGUCUAAAAUUUAUAUCCUAAUUGGUAUGGCGGGGCUGGGCCUGCUGGGGUCCACCCUAGCAACAUACAACAACUCCCCCGCCAAUGGACCUUUCCCCUUAUAACUAAAAUUUUGAUCUAGAAAAGUCGAGACAAAAAUUUCAACACAGCUCGAAAGAGCAUCACAAAAUUAGUAAUAUUCCGAAGUUUCGUUGCGAAAUGUUGUAAAAUGCAGAUAAUAUAGCCCUGCGAAAUUUGCAAUUUUCAGUCAUUUUGUAGUACAAACAGGACAUUGCUGCCCCAACACCUGAUUGGGCUGUCAAUUUCCCGUUUGUAAUACAAAAUUACUGAAAAAUGGCAAGUUUCGAAAGGCUAUAUUAUCCGCAUUUUACAACAUUUCGCAAUGAAAUUUUGGAAUAUUACUAAUUUUGUGAUGCUCUUUCAAGCUGUGAUGAAAUUUUUGUCUAGAUCAAAAUUUUAGUUAUAAGGGGAAAGGUCCAUUAAAAAUUAAAGAAUUGCUAACAAACUUGCAAUAGAUUUCUGCCAUCUACCACCUCUCGAAAAUUUGCACCUGGCAUCUUAUAAUCAGACAUUUUUAUGAAGUGAAUUUAUAUAUCCACUAGAAACUUAUUGCUGCUGGUUUUAGGCUCAAGUUUCAUUGAAAGAUGUUUCAAAGUUUGGGUGUUCAGUCAAUGGUAUUAAAUGUCAAAAUUCUGUGGAAGUCAUUGUGAAACAUGAUGACAAAAUUACAUUUGGGACACAGAAUAGCUCAUACAGGUAUAUACAGAGAAUUAUUUGAUCAGUAAUACAGUGGUGUAGUCCUACCAUUUUAUCCAACCCAAAGCACCCCCCACCCCCCCAAUACACCCCUGCAGUAAUAUAUUUCUUGUUAUUAAUAUGUUCGUUGUAAUACUGUACAAAUCAGAAUAACAAAGUUUGGGUCUGAAAUAUAUCAUGAAUAUCCACCCCACAAUAACAUGAUUGCUGCAUACAUUCCUUCAAGUGACGUAUUGUCACACACCCCUGAAAAAAAAUUAUUCCCCCCCCCCUGAAAUAACAUGUUGUCUCUCCCCCCUCUUGAAAUAACAUGAUUUUUGCACUUUUCAUAAAUAACUUAUUAUUACAAAGAAAUGAUUACUACCCCAAAGAACAUGUUGUCACACCCUUGAAAUAAGAUGCACCAUUUCCUCACAGGUUGAAAUAUGAACCACUUGUGGUGUUUGCAUCGUGUUUGGACAAUGCAAAGAAAAAGAAUUUGAAAUCUCAAUUAAGCAAAUUGGGUAAGCUUAAGUACAGGGGGCGGUUGUACGAAAAUGCUAUCCACCAGAUAGCGUUUUUUCAAGCUUCCUAAAAUUGUCCAUUGAUUGGUAUAACCAGCUAUGGACGAAAUUUUGAUCAAGGCAAGAAGAACGAAAUCCAACACCACGCCUAGAAAGAGCAUCUUAAAAUUAGUAAAAUUGCAAAGUUUGGUUGCAAAAUGUUGUAAAAUGAGGAAAAUAUAGCUCUGUGAAGGUCGCAAAUUUUGUAUAUAUUUGUAUUACGCGUGGGACGUUUUUUGAGCAGAAAGUGGUUAUUUUUACCGUGUGGUGUUGGAUUUCGUUCUUGUCUGUAUCAAAAUUUUGUCCAUAUCUGGAAUCAUCCAUUGUGAAGUCCAUGACCAUUGACCAUGUCCAUAAUUUUACAGGUUCUCAAGCAUUUUUGUAACAGUUGACAAAAAUCACUAUCUGUAAGGUUAGUUAGCAGUGGUCAGUACUGAAUUACUUCAUUUCAUUAGGUGGUUAUAUGGUAAAUGAAUGGCAGAAAGGAUGUUCACAUCUUGUCAUGGAGGCACUCAGUUUCACUGUCAAGGUGAUAUAUGCUCUUGUCACUUGCUCUCCAAUUGUGAUGCCAUCAUUCUUUGAUGAUCUUGUUAAAGCUGUUGACUCCAAAUUAGAAUUACCAUUGCCUGAAAAGUAAGUUCAUUUAUAUAUAUGUUUUGUAAAUUCUCUAGCUUUAUUUCAGAAUGAUAGAUUUUUGUUAUCACUUUCAGGUAUAUGCCUCCAAUAAAAGAAGAUCUUAUUGAUCCUAAAGUUGUCUCAUUCCAUCCUAACGAAGGAAGAAAAUCUGUUUUUGCUGGAAAGUUGUUUUUGUUCCUGGAGAAAAAGCAGGCAAGUUUAACCAUUUAAGUGGGAAUACUCCCCGAUAUGCCUUACUUAUGUUUCAAUGUAUUGUCAUCUCUUCAGCUUAAAAGGCUUGAGCAUGCAAUCACGUUGGCUAGUGGCAAAGCGUUGUUAAAGGAAACUGGUGACAUAUCUGGCAAUGAUGACAAUAUGUUGACUGAUCAAAACACUUUAGUUAUGUCUGUGGAUUUGAAAUCAGGAAUUUCAGAGGCGAAAGAAACAUGGAUAGGUCACGUUGGCGAUAUUUUGAAAAGGUUGGUCACCUACUGCUGAGUGGAUAGUGCAUGUGCCUAAUGCACGUUAUGCACCUUUGUUGAGAGCUUCAAACAGUGGUGGAUCCAGCAAAGGAUUUUGGAAGUGCUAACCAAUGGCGAAACGAGCGCCAAAGGCGCGAGAUUUCUAUGGGGGUCCGGGGGCAUACUCCUCCGGAAAAUUUUUAAAAUUUGGGUCUCUGAAAUGGCAUUUCCAGCAUUCUGAGAAAACAUUCUGGAAAAUUUUUAGAUUGUCAAAACAUUUCAAAAUUCAGAAUAUUUAAUAUUGGCUAUUCCGCUAUUGUCAACUAGUGAUACCCAACUGAAUUCCUUAACAUAAGUUGGUUAAAAUUAGGAUAAACGUCAUUUUUGCACCCCCCCCCCCAUGCACCCCUGUUGACCAGAGCCUGAGGGGGGGGGGGUGCGCACCCCCCUGCACCCCUCCCCUAAAUACACCACUGGCUUCAAGUUGACCAAACACACAGGGUGCGAUAAUUCGCGUACUAUUUACGUACCAGAGGUACGCGAAUAUUACGGUCUGCCAGACCGUGGGUCUGGAUCUUGAAUCUUCUGGGGGUUUUUAUGGUCAAGUACCGCUAGGUACGUUAGACUGUCACUAUCUGCAUACUUACAUUUUGCUGGUACCAUAUGACCAGCAACCUUUCCAAGUUAUUGAUCAAUUUACCGAUUAUCCGAAAUCUCCAACGUAGCAUAAAACAUGAUUGAAUUGAUGAGAUGAGCUGGGACUAAGGAAUGACGGAGUCAAUCGUAGUGUUUGAAUUUGCAAUUGCGCUCCUUGUUCCAAAAUCGUAGUUUCAGAUCACUGAAUACCUUUUCAUACCUUAGAGCUAUCCAGUAUAAACCAAACUUGUAGAUAGGUCAUCACACAUUGACCAGUCUGAUUGGAUAUUAAGUUACAUUAUUGGAUUUUUCUUUGUAGCGUUAACAGAAGGCCUAUUGCGGAGACUGAAGUGGGUUUGGCCAUACUUCACGUGUCUUUGGAAGAAUAUUGUAAUCCCAGUGUAAAUCAUGGUUCGUAAUUGUAUCUACAAAUCUUAACAUUAACACUCCAGAACCAAAGGUUGAUGAAAAUAAUUUUUGUUUGUAGUUCCGAGAAUCGCGAAACAAGUCGUAUCCAAGAGCAUUAGUACUAUGGAAGAAAUGUCACAAAGAAUGAAUGAAUCACAGAAUGUCUCCAUAAGCCAAAUUCCUGAAAAGGUCGUUUGCCUAUUACUUGAUAAUUCUCCAAAUUAAAGUUUCACUAUUCAAGAAUCUCAAGUAUUUUUCAUAGUAAUUCCUUACAUCAAUUACCCUUUAGAAACCAUUUUCGCUCAGAAGUGAUCAUCCUAAACCAAGCACGACAGUAACUACUCCUCAGGACACCAGAAAGAGGUGUGUGAUCUGACAAGAAUAAUACCAGUGUUGAGAAACAGACUUCCAUUUUGGUGGGGGUGUCCUAUAGUUUAUAGUGUAAUACCCUUCACUUCUUUAGCGGGAGGUUCGAGGUGUUCCUGCGAUGCUACAUGAAAGAAAGAGUGCUUCCAGUUUGACUCUACUAAACAUUGCUGGUUGUCUCCAGUUUGCUCAUAUAGUAACACUGGACCAGUAAGGGAGUAUCGUUACUCGAUUUCUAGGAACAGUUUAGAACUGAUAGUGCUAUCCAGUAUACAGGUUAGUUUAGUUUUAAUUAUUAUUGAAAAUCUUCCUUUUCAGAUCUCGCCAUGGUUCCGUCGAGUCCCAACCGUUUGCCUUUGAGACUCCGCAAUCCAGUAACGUGGAAUCUAAACGUCGAAAGAUAUCACCAACGGACGUCACCCAUGUCUCACAAACACCAGAAUCAGAAUUUAAAACUCCUGGUGUCCCAAAAGGACUAUCACCGACCCCAAAACAACAGCGUACGUCCCCGACUGACCGGGAAUCUCGUGAAAUCCUCUCCAUUUCCAAAACAGAUAUAACGCAUAUCUCGCAGAGCGAAAACUAUCAGUUAGAAGAUCAUUCAGAAAGCCCCGUCGUUGGCCAAAAACGUAAAGCUACACCUAAAAACGAUAUUUUCCAAAGCCAAGAAUCGCAACAUGAAGAAAAACCGAAAGGUAGCCCGGGUGGAAAGAAAUUAAGAUUGACUCGCUCGAACGCUGAUGUAACCCAUAUUUCUCAAAGCCAAGAACCGCAACGCGAAGAAAAACCGACAGGUAGCCCAAUGAACAGCCCGGGUGGAAAGAAAUUAAGAUUGACUCGCUCAAACGCUGAUGUAACCCAUAUUUUCCAAAGCCAAGAAUCGCAACGCGAAGAAAAACCGAAAGGUAGCCCAAUGAACAGCCCGGGUGGAAAGAAAUUAAGAUUGACUCGCUCAAACGCUGAUGUAACCCAUAUUUCCCAAAGCCAAGAAUCACAACGCGAAGAAAAACCGAAAGGUAGCCCAAUGAGUAGCCCGGGUGGAAAGAAAUUAAGAUUGACUCGCUCGAACGCUGAUGUAACGCAUGUGUCGCAAUCUCAACUCUCUCAAAAGGAGGAAAAAUCACCUACGGAAAAACCAAAUGAAAAGAAUCCACGCGAAAUAACCCAUACUCCACAAAGCCAGAAGUCACAGGUGAAACAAUCUGGUACUGCAUUAAACAACAAUCAAAGACCUAAACGAAAUGCCUCUGAGGAAGAAGAUACUGUUAUUCCUGAAAGCCAGACCUCUCCGAUACAGGUGAAAGUUAAAGAAACACCUUCUCCAGAAAUCUCUUUUACGUCAAAAAGGCGGAAGAUAAGUUCACCAGAUUUGACUCAUGUCUUUGAUACUGAACGAUCAGUUAACGUAGAACCACAGCGUUCAAGCAGUGUAAGUUCACCCAGGACUGGACAAGUAAACCUCCAUGACUCUAUAUCAACUUGUGUUGAGAAUAUUGCUAGUACGGGUUUCUCAGAUCAUCGAACUUCUGUUCAGAAUUUGUCUAGCAUCAAGUCAAGUGUUUCCCCACCAGGUUCUGGCUGGAUGUCAAAGAAAUCGUUUAGUAUGAAGAAAGAGAAGUCAGAAAUGAAUCAGAGUGAGAACAGGACAAAUAUUGACGGUGCUAUCGAAGAUUUAGGUGAACCAAGUUCUAGGAGGGGUUUUCAAGAAAGUCAAGGAUUUUUAUCAAACCAAGAGCAACACACGGUAGGGUUGCUAUCAAUAUUAGCGAGGUUCAGAUUUGACGUCCACUACCGUUACCAUUAAGGAACCAUUAGCCAAUCAUAUGCGUUUGAUAUAUCCGAUCAACCAAUCAGGUGUGUAGUAAGAGACGUCAGGGCCUUUUUUAACAUACAAGCUGGGGGAACAAAUGCCCAGCCCCCUUGUGCCCCCCCCCCCACGAAAUCACAUCCGAACCUCUCUAAAUAUCUAACCUCAGGGAUAGAUUUGCCAGUGAGAUUCGGGAGGCGUUUCUGAAAAAUUAGGCAACCUUAUUUUCUUAGUUGCCUAACACCAGCGUAGCCUUUUGAUCUCCUACCAGAACAAGCUGAAUGCAUCCCUGUUGAACAUGAAAAUAAUUUCACUAAGAUCACGGCCUUCUUGAUAAAUUUUCCGCAGCACAGUAAAUGUGACAUAGCGCUCAGCACUACCUUGUAAUUUUACUGUAGUGGAUAUUCUAAAAUAAACGAGAUUGAUGUCGAACGUUUGCUCUGCUUUUAGCCUCCUGAAGAAAUAGCCGUAAAGAAAGAAGAAAAUUCAGAACUUCCCAGUGAUCUCAUGUGUGUGGAACACAUAGAGUUAGUGGUGACCAGAAGUGUCGGUCGUAAGACUCAACCAUCACAGAAGAAGUUUAGUACAACUUUGAAAAACAUGAAGAGAUUCAGAAAGGUAGUGUAUUGAUGGAACAGUGGUUAAUCUAUGUGUCUUUCACUUUUGUGACAGAGGCACGAUUCCUGAAAUAUAUAGUUGUCUGAUUAUAAUUUUACCUCAGUUGUAUGUGAGAAGAGUGCUUCCAGUUUGACUUUAUCAAACAGCGCAGGUACUCAGAGUGCCCCUUCAAUAAUGGAUGAUUCUUCAUCAAAUUUUUCACAGCAAAACUACGCUGGUGAUGAGAGUGGUCUGCCAAGGAUUAUCGGUGGCCGUGAUCUUGUUGUGUUCUCCUCGAGAAGUGGAAAUGUAGAAGAUUGGAUGGUGGAGGUUCAAGCUGUAAGUACGAUGACUACUACGAUUACGUUACUAUAACAGGAAAGCGGUGAACAUCCGUAAUUUAUGCUGCUGGCUGCUUGAUUUACUGAAAGGGAGAUGUGGGCGCUUGUCAUAGAGCGAGGUACGACAGUCCAUCGAGGCACAGUUCGUCAUCACGAAGGGAGCUAUGGUAGUGUUCUAGGGACAGUCCUCGGCGGCUAGAUUCAAGGGCCAAGCUUGUGGUAGUGAUAAUCUUGAAUAGUUCCAUGAUAUAAACUUCUCGGAUUCCAUGCCUUCAGAUGUUAUUUUUGUGUAGGUUGCCAAUCUUCAAAAUGGAGUCAGCUGGCACAGCUAGCCUUAGAUAGUACUGGCUUCAUGAUUUUUAAAGUUGUUAGCCAGAACGUCCAGUUUAGAUAUUUAGCUCCACUCCUCCACAUGCUUUUUGAAAUUGGCCUGUAACCCCAGAAUUCUUAAUUCAACAACGUUUUGAAGCGCAACAUUUCGAAAAAGGAGUUGGCCCCUUAGACUAUGGAGGCUGCGUCACUCCUUGACUUCCUAAAUUCUGCAGCCAUGUUGGAUUCUAGGCUUUCUCGAAUCGUUCUAAAAGUAAGGUUGCUUUGUUCAUGUUGUUGGCUUAAAAAUAGAUAGUGUAGUUGAUACGACACACGUAAAAACGCACAAGUUGUAACAAACCUGCAACAGACUUGUAGCAAUGCUGUCCCAACAACUUGUCAACAGGAUGUGUUCGCACUGCUUGUUCCCAGCUUGUUGACAAGUUGUCAACGACUUGUUGACAACUUGCUACAAGGUUGUUGAGCUCAAUAGUCUUGUUACAAGUUGUUCCAACAACUUGUUAUCGUCCUACAAUUUAACAGUUUGUCAACAAGUUGUGAGUGACAACCUUGUAGCAACUUGAUAAAAUAACAGCAUUGUUACAACUUGUUGGCAAGCUUGCUACAUGCCUGUUGCGAGCACAUCUUGUUGACAAGUUGUGAGAUUUUUACGUGUACACAGUUGUAAUACGUAUUUUAUAUUUUAUUUUUAGAUGAAUCAACAAGACGUAGAGGAUAGAGAUGCUGAUAAUCUCUUUCGGUACGAACCUGUCAACAAACGUCGGAAUCGAAGAUGAAUGGUUUGCUCGUGUGUUCCAAAUUUUGGAACCAUUCUCUUCUUCACCUACAAUCCCGCAACGACUCUAGUUGUUGCUAGAAUAAACCAACUUGUCAGCACUUUAGUCUAUUGCAUGAAAAAUAUGAGGUGAAUCAUUUCACUAAGAGUUUACUAAGGGAGUGAUUUCAUUGUGUUAAAUGUUCCAAUAUGAAUUUUUUAAAACAUUCGAACAGACCUUUUAAUAGCUUAUAAAGUUGUUUCGUUAAUACAUGUAUUUGAAAUGAAAUUGGUAUAAAACAAUCAGUAAAAAUAAAUUCUAGUUUAUGUAGUGAAUUAUUUAGUGUUUGUAAUGUUGAGGUAAAGCGAGUUAACUAAUUCUAAAUUUACAGUGUAGUAGAUUUUUGCACAAAAUAGGUCUUCAUCUCAGUUCUUCCAGGUUAAUGAUGAAUUAUGUAAAAGGUCUGAUUCCAUCCAGUCGCUUACUUCGUGCAGUCUCCAAGUUGGCUGUUACGAUGUUGUCAAGCCUAAAUCAAACACCCUCUUAAUUAGACUAGCACUAAGAGGUAAGUAGCUGGUUAACACGAGAUAAGGGUACAUUCUGUUUUAUUUUGGCUUGUGCAAAAUUGUGAGCUUAUGACUGAUGGAAAGUGACUUGAGACUGAUAUCUGAAACCUGAUUGGAACUACCUUUGAAAUUAGUGAAAAAUUCUCUACAAAAUUCGCUGAAUUUCUGCGAUAUCGACCCUUAAAACAAUUCCUAAUCUUUACAAUCCUAAUUCACAUACUUAUCCUAAUUUUUAUCCUAAUUCUAC